CCCUCUCUCUCCAUAUCGCUCUCUCGUUUGCGAACCAAAGACUGUGAUGGAGAAGCGUGGCAGAUUGGUUCGUCAUGGAUAGGCCCUGGUGACGCAGGUGGAGGUACGGCUUUCAUGAUACGUGCGGACUCGAGCGGUGUUAAAUCGAGUGCGACACUCUUCGGCGGAGCAAGCAAGGAGGCCACCCUGUACCGCCCACAGCGCACUGCACAGUGCAGUGAAAGUAAUUGUUCCACAAGAAACUCGCUUCCAUGUGCUGCUGCUAUGUGCAGGAGUGCCUUUCCCCGUUCGUUUCUCCAGUUGACGUUAAUGUCAUGUUGUGCAAGCAAGAGCCUAAUGGUUGUCUCUGCCGCUGAUUUUACACCAUGGCCCACGUUGCCUUGAGAAUUAUCACUGAUAUCAUUAAAAUGCUGAAGGAGACUAGCUCUCACCCUCGUCAUAGCGUUAGAAAUCUAUUAGCAUCUUGGCCAAGGCGGAGCCUUUA